UCUUUUAUCUCUCUCGCGGUACGUCCAUUCUCCUUCGCUGCUAUUUCCUCGACAGAGCAUUUAUUUGUUCUUCCAAGACCAUGUUCAAAAAUCUCGCCUCUUCUACUUUCCUCUCCAACUAGCUUCAGAUCCGCCAUCCUCAUUCCACUCUCCGGCGUAAGCAUUUUCUUUCAUUUCUGAUCCAUCCGCCUUCCUCCCUCUGCGAUUGCCCAGAAUAUUUGAGGUGAGCUUCACUUGAAUUUUAGUAUCAUCAAGGCAUCAACGAUGAAGAAGGUCUUUGGCCAGACUGUUCGGGAUAUCAAGAGAGAGGUCAAUAAGACGGUGCUUAAAGUUCCUCGAUUGGAGCAGAAGGUUCUUGAUGCUACUAGCAAUGAGCCUUGGGGCCCCCAUGGAACACUUCUUGCAGAGAUUGCUCAAGCAAGCAAAAAUUAUCAUGAGUGUCAGAUGAUCAUGGCAGUAAUUUGGAAGCGUGUUAAUGACUCUGGCAAAAAUUGGCGGCAUGUAUACAAGGGUUUAACUGUAUUGGAGUAUCUGGUGGCUCAUGGAUCCGAACGAGUAAUAGACGAAAUCAAGGAUCAUGCAUACCAAUUAUCAGGCUUGUCCAGCUUUCAAUAUAUUGAUUCUAGUGGAAGGGAUCAAGGAUCAAAUGUACGAAAGAAGUCACAGAGUCUUGUGCUGCUAGUGAAUGAUUCUGAAAGAAUCAGUGAGAUUAGGCAGAAGGCUAAUACUAACAGAGACAAGUUUCGAAGUGCAUCAUUAGCUGGUGGAGCCAAUAGGCCAAACUCCAAUGCUGGGGGGUAUGGAGACCGUUAUAAUGAUGAUUAUAAUGAGGGACGCUAUAGAAGCAGGGACGAAGAUAGGAAUAGCAAUGGUUAUGGAAGGGAAAGAGAAUAUGACUAUAGAGGUGAUGACCGCGGGAGGAAUUCUGACUCAAAUAUACGUGAUAGAGAUCAAUAUAGGAGAGAUGGUGAAGAACGCUACGGAAAAGAUAGUCCCAGGGAUGGUGAUAGUUGGGGACGAAGAAGUGUUGAUGAUCACCGAUAUGGUUCAAGAAGGGAUCAAGACAAUGAUCAUGAUGACAAUGCACGUGAUGGUAGUGGAAGAGGUGAUGACAGGUCUCCAGACGUGAGGCGGCAUGAUCAUAAAUUUUCAGAGCAAGACACUGGUGCACCUCCUAGUUAUGAAGAGGCAGUGAGCGAGUCUCAAAGCCCACCAGCUCAUAAUGAUAGGGACCAAGAAACCUCAAACUCUGCUCCUGCUACUUCAUCUGCGCCUGUUACCAGUGCACCUAGCCAGUCGAGUCCCGUUCCUGGUACUCCAACAUCUGGAAACCAGUUAAUUGGGUCCUUUGAUGCAUUUGAUUCUCGCAGUUCAGUCACAGGUACUUCCCCUCUUUUUUCAGCUGCUCAAACUGUUCCACCAAACAAUACUGAGAUGGACUUACUUGGCUCACUGACGGAUUUUCCUUCAAACCCAUUGGCCAUUAUGCCAGUGGCAUCUGCAAACGUGACUGGAGCCUUCGAGCCUGAUUCCCACAUGAACUCUGGUGCAGAAACCUCGCACGCUACUAUGUCAGUAGCUAGUGUCAGUAAUCAGAGUUUUGAAGAUCCUUUUGGCGACACUCCUUUUAAAGCUAUGCUUUCUGAUGAUGGUGCCCCUCAAUUCCAUUCUUCUGCUAUGACAGAUUCUCUCCAGUCUUCCCUGCAUCAAAGCCUUGGUCAACCCCAACCUUUUUCCAUGACAGAUCCUCUCCAGUCUUCCCUACACCAAAACCUUGGACAAUCUCAUCCUUCUAUUAUGACAGAUCCUUUCCAGUCUUCUCUGCACCAAGGCCUUGGACAAUCCCAAGGAGCUACACCGGAAACAAACCAAGUCUCUUCUUCUGAAUUUAGUAAUGGAUUUUCAGCUUCAACUGGUGCAUCUGGCUUAUCCAGUUUGCAAGCACCAUCAGACCCACAGUUUCUUCCAGGGCUAUCCACUAUUCCAGAACCCGAGAUUGAUAUACUGGCAGAUAUUCUACCUCCUUCUGGACCUCUAUCUAACACAGCAUCCCUGCCAACUUAUUCAUUCCCCAGCGACCAGCCUGCGUUGCCUACUCCCUUCUCAGAUCCUGCUCAACCUCACCAAAAUUUUACAGCUUUAAGCAAUCAGCCUUCAAAACCAAAUGAUUGCUCCGUCCUUAAUUUGCAACCCCAAUCAGGAACUACGGCACCUUUGUACUCAAAUAUGGCUUUCCCGCCUCAAAGUGCACCUACUGGACAGCUUGGAUAUGGUGCCCCACAGGGAGGAUCUACAGCACCUGCUGGUCAGUUAGGCUAUGGGCCCCCACAGGGAGGAUCUACAGCACCCACUGGACAGCAUGGCUAUGGGGGUCCACAGGGGGGGUCUACGGCACCCACUGGACAGCAUGGCUAUGGGGGUCCACAGGGGGGAUCUACGGCACCCACUGGACAGCAUGGCUAUGGGGCUCCACAGGGGGGAUCUAUGGCACCCACUGGACAGCAUGGCUAUGGGGGUCCACAGGGGGGAUCUAUGGCACCCACUGGACAGCAUGGCUAUGGGGGUCCACAGGGGGGAUCUACAGCACCCACUGGUCAGCUUGGCUAUGGGGCCCCCCAGGGAGGAUCUACAGCUCCUUUCUAUCCACAGAUGGCUUCAACAAGCAGUUCAAAUCCCCAGGCUAAUGGUGGUGGAGGCUAUUUUAUAGAGAAUGUAGGAUCUGCUGCUUCUGUUACGACACAAAUUGCUCAGCAAAAUCCAAGUGGGCCAGCUGCUCCACUUGGCAGUGGAAACAUGCAGCAUCAUGGCGUUACAUCCCAGCCAUUAGCUUCACAUGGAGCUUAUCAGGUACAAAAUGGACAUGCUGCACAGCCAAGGAGUGAUGAUUUUCUGGGCGGCAUUCUUCCGCAAGCUGCACCCCCUCAAGUUCCGUUACAACAAGGUUUUCCAACCUUAACAGAUUCACUUUCAAUAGCAUCUCAACCGUCUAAGGGCAAGUUUGAGACAAAGUCAACAGUCUGGACUGACACUCUUAACAGAGGGCUAGUUGAUUUGAACAUAUCUGGCCCUAAAACAAAUCCAUUGGCAGACAUUGGAGUGGAUUUUGAUUCCAUAAAUCGGAAAGAGAAGAGGAUGGAGAAACCUACUACAACUGCAGUAACUUCUACUAUCACCAUGGGUAAAGCUAUGGGAUCUGGUUCUGGAAUGGGUCGUGCCGGUGCGGGUGCCCUCAGAGCUCCAUCGAACCCAAUGAUGAGUUCAGGUAUGGGUAUGAACAAUGUUGGCAUGGGAGGGCCUUACGGAGGAAUCAAUCAACCCAUGGGAAUGGGAAUGGGUAUGAGUAUGGGUAUGAACAAUGCUGGUAUGAAUCCGGGAAUGGGCAUGGGCAUGGGCAUGAACCCUGGGAUGGGAAUGAACCCUGGGAUGGGAAUGAACCAGGGCAUGAACCCUGGGAUGGGAAUGGGAAUGAACCCUGGCAUGGGAAUGAAUAUGGGUAUGGGACAAGGAAUGCAAUUCCGACCACCAGGUGGAUUUCAGCUGGGAUCGAAUGCUUCGGGUAGUUAUAAUCCAAUGAUGAGUGGGUACGCCCCCCAACAAUCAUAUGGUGGUGGCUACCAAUAAUAAACCAAGUUGAAGAUUCACAAGUGUAGCACCAGUUUUACAUGAGAGUACCAGAUUGGGAUGGCCAACUUGAUGUGUUGCCAUUGGAAGUUCUUCACAUUGGACAUUUGGUGAAGAGCAAAAAUGCUGCCAUUUCAUUCAUUUCUAUGAAAUCUGCUGGAUGCGAUGUUCAUUUGUUUGAUAUUCUUUGUAUGCUUUAACAUUUCUAGCGACAUACCCCGAGAGUUCUACAGGUGAGUUGCUUGCUGAUCGUAUUCUUAUCACAAUUUGUAUACAAACUGAACAUCGAUAAAUGAGAGGAUAUACCUCGAUUUUUAUUAGCAACAUAUAAUAUAUAUGUACAAUACAUCUUAUGAACCA